GGAAAGAAUGGGGGUGCAAGAGCGCAGGUCAUGACCCGUCUAGGUCAUGACCUCGUCUGCUAACCUCCAAAUGCGUAUGGGGUUACAACCAGCUAUUGAUGGGGCUGCAAGUGCGCUGUCUGCUGACCUCCAAAUCGUAUGGGGUUACAAUCAGCUAUUGAUGGGGCUGCAAGAGCGCUGUCUGCUAACCUCCAAAUGCGUAUGGGGUUACAACCAGCUAUUGAUGGGGCUGCAAGAGCGCUGUCUGCUGACCUCCAAAUCGUAUGGGAUUACAACCAGCUAUUGGUGGGGCUGCAAGAGCGCUGCAUUGGUAGAGCGUAUAUAUGUGGUCGUGUUGAAUAAUAGUGAACAGUGUUACGUCGAAGUAAUGGAGCAUCUUACUAAGUACAUUGAAGACGCCAAGAAGAAGGUUGGUGAAGUUGUAAAGACCCCAUCAGUCAAAGCAGAACAAGAAGAGACAAAAGUGCAUCGACAGUUAUUUAAUCAAUAUUCGUAUUCAUUAAAUAAAUCGCAAUCGAAAUUUGUUAGUGUUGGCUUAUCUCCUGAUAUCUCACUUUUACCGGUAGUGAAAUUAAGUGGAGUGAAGGGUCAAUAUAUUGUGUUUGACGAAAAGGAAUGGAAAGCUUUUUUAGAGCAACAGGGAGUAAUUACAAAUUAUUUCUACUCAACUUAUGCAAUUUGGCAUCCCAUCAAGAUACUCACCAAAACUAUCGAUUUUUUAACAAUCAGUGAUCGGAGAGUUAUCAAAAUUUCCGAAUUGGGACCAUAUGAAAUAUAUUUAGGAUGGGAGAGUAUAUUGGAGUUAUGGAAUAAGUUGGAUCUAAUCAAGUUUCGACUCAAUUGCAUGUCCUCUGAAGAAUUCGGAAAUUUCUAUACCAACUUAAUUACUGGGGUUGCUGGCAUGCCUGGGGAGCCUAAAACUAAUAUAAUGAAUGUUCUAGACCCCUUAAUGGCAAUCAAUUGUAAUAAUGCCGGUAUUAUGUUGGAAGUGGUAACUUUGUUACCCGGUAAAGUUGAGCUUGACGUGGAGGUGGCAAAGGUAUUUAAGUAGUGUCUAUUAGUGUAGUUGUAGUAUCUUAGUAUAAAUACGACAAGAUGUGGAUGGGUUACGCUGCCGAACAUUGGACCAAACCCGUCGACGCACGCACUGGCGUUGAACGGUUAGUGCAAGAAAUGUCGGCUUUAGAGUUUGAUGCGCAGCAUGAAGCAGUAUAUGGUCUAGGUCGUUUUUAUACCGAGGAAGAAUGUCAUGAUAUUGCUAAAAAAUAUAAUCGUGGUAUUAAGUUGUGCAUUUUGUUCUUGAAUGGUAAAUACUGUUUAUCUUGUCUUAUACGUAAGCUUUGUGAGGCUGGAUUAGAAGAAUCUGCAGACGAUUUGAAGAAGUGGGAAACUUCAGAUUCCAGCGAGAGUGAAAAAAGUGACACCGAAGAAGAAGCUUAGUUCAAGAUUGUUCAAGGUGUAUGUUGCUAUAAGUGCGUCAAAACUCAAUUGUGUGUAAGGUGUAAAUGACUUUUGCAAAAUGAAAAGUGUUAGGUUCGAUAAAUCAAAAAAUACAGUUUUUGUUAUGCGUGCUUGGUCGUUUGCCUACAGAGAAGCAAGAAAAGGACAAUGGCAAAGUGCGGCAUUAGAUCGGUAUCGUUUUAAAUGUAGAAUUGAAGGCGUUGCACGUUUGUUAGAACCUAUACUAUGUAAUCGUAUUAAAAUGUAUCAAUUGUACAAAUAAUAAAAUUAAAAUAUUGAAUAUUGUUGUUUAUUUAAAAAAUUACUGCAUUACGUAAGUAUUAUAAAUAUAAUAAACGUUAGAUAAAGCACAAUG